UCCAUCCUUAUAGUUAUCAAUCACCACACAGGGAACAACAGGCAGGGAGAGCUUCAAACUUCCCCUUUUGUCUCCCCCUCCAUCCUCUUCUCAAACUUGUUUCCCACUAAAAAAAGAAAAAUGGGUUGUGGGAAAUCCAAACAUGCCGUUGAAACAGCAACCACCAUCACCAAAUCCACAAACUCUGAUGGCACCAAACAAACCACCACCGCCACCGCAACCAAAACCGUCAAGGAGACAACCACCGGCUCGUCGUUGAUACAAAAAGAAGCCGAUACCAAGAGUUUGCGUGUUGAAGACACCGACAAAAAGCCCGUGAACAACGUUGACAAAACCGACAAUGAAAAGGUUGAGAAACCCGCAGAAGGUUUGAAAGAUGUGAAGGUCAAGGAUUCCGACCCAGCAGAAAAUGCCGCCCCCACAUCGGCAGAAAAUGCUGGAAAAGCCGAAGAGGUUGUGAGAGGAGAAGAGAAGGUUAACGGUUUAGGCCAAGCAGAUGCCAACAACGUCAGCAAUGUGGUCCCCACAUCGAGCAAGGAUGACGUGGCCACCACAGAAGUUGUAAAAGAAGAUGAAGGUAAGAGAGAACCCACCCUAAAAGCUGAUAACAACGCGAAAACUGCCAAUGUGGUUCCGAUAGAAGAGAACAAAAUGAAGGAAUCCAACCUAACAAAGGACAACCUUACCAAAACAGAAUUCUUGACUCCCACGCUGAGUGAAGACGUUGUCGGGCCCUUUGAAGUCACAAAGGGCGAUGGAGAGAUUAAGGAUUCCAAAAAAGAAACCAUACCAGCUACUUCUGAUGAAAAGCCCGUGAAAACCAUUGACGCUCCCUCAAACCCCAACGACGACAACCACAAAGUCAAGGAACAAAAGCUUGUUGUGAAAGCCUCCGAAUCGACGAAAGUGGAAGCAAAGAAAGAAGAUGCCGCAGUGACUGAAAAAGACAUUGCUAAGGCAAAGAUAUCAGUUGCAACAGAAACAGAGAAGGUUUCCACAGCCAAUGGGGCAAAAGUUGCAGAAACACAAGAGAAAAAGCCAUAGAUGAUAUGAAGGAUGAAACGUAAUCCUAAGAAGACAAGGCAUGAAUAUAACUCGGCCAUAGAUAUGGUUGUGGUUUAAUCUUUUGGUAACUUGCUAUGUUUUUUGAUUGUAUACUUUGUGAACAUACCUAGAAGAUUACAAUGUAUGGCAUUUUGAAGUUUUCCAGAAUCCUUCAAUUUUUAUCUUUUCAC